AUGCAAUUAAGCAAUGUCCACAUCCUGGAGUUGCCACCCGUGGCGGAUAUGCACGUCCACCUCCGCCAGGGUGACAUGAUGAAGCUUGUGACGCCAAGCAUCCGCUCCGGAGGCGUCGACACCGUCUUUGUCAUGCCAAACCUCCAGCCCCCCGUCACCACCGUGGCUCGCGCGCUCGAGGUCAAGGCCGAGCUUGAGGCUCUGGAGCCUAACGUGAAAUACCUCAUGUCUCUCUAUCUUCACCCCACCAUCACUCCUGACGUCAUUGAUGAGGCUGCCGCUGCUGGCAUCGCGGGUGUAAAGGUCUAUCCUCAGGGCGUCACUACCAACUCCGACGCGGGUGUCACCUCCUUUGACGACUUCUACGCCACCUUUGCCGCCAUGGAGAAGAACGACAUGGUCCUCAACCUGCAUGGUGAGGUGCCCGGUGUCGUCCCCGACGGCAAGACGCACGAGGAGGCCUUCCUCCCUACUCUCGGUAGCAUCCACGCCAAGUUCCCCAAGUUGCGCAUCGUCCUGGAGCACUGCACCACUGCUGCUGCUGUCGAGGCUGUCCGUGCUUGUGGUCCUACCGUCAGUGCCUCCAUCACCGCUCACCACCUCUACCUCACCGGCGAAAACGCCGAGGUGGACCCCCUGGCCUUCUGCAAGCCCAUCCCCAAGACCCCCGCGGACCGCGACGCCCUCCUCCGCACCGUUUGCAGCGGCAGCCCCAAGUUCUUCUUCGGCACCGACAGCGCCCCUCACUCGCUCUCGUCCAAGAGCGUGGGCGGCGAAAAGGCCCCCCCCGCCGGAGUCUUCACCCAGCCCUACGCCACGCAGCUUGUCCUGCUCGCCCUCGAGGAGGCCACCGAGAAGGGCAUCAUCUCCGAGGCGGACGUCACGCAGGAGAAGCUCGAGGGUUUCCUGAGCAAUCAUGCUCGGAAGUUCUACAAGCUUCCCGAGGUCACCAAGGCUGAUGGAUCCAGGAUCAUCCUCGAAAGGAAGGGCGAGACGAUCCCGACCAGCAUCAAGAGCGGGGAUGUCGAGGUCGGUAUUUCAAGGGCUGGGUCUACCGUCUUUAGUCUGAGAUGGGCUUGA